AUGGUCGACCUCAUCGACUUCGGCGACGGGUCCUCGGGCACGCUUUUGGGGCUCCUCGCGCGGACGGCCGCGGCGCCGGCGUUCGUCAAGCACGCGCACGGCCGGUCCUUCGUCGGCGGCCUGCUCGGCGGCGCGUGCGAGGUGCUCGCGGCGGCGACGCACAAGACGGUCAAGGCGCAGCUGCCCCUCGCGUCGCCGGGGUUGGCGCUCCACUACGGCGACUGCUACUUUCGGGGUUGGGAGCACGCGGCGAAGCGCGAGGCGCUCGACGACUUCGAGGAGUUUCGCCUGCAAGAUCUCGCGCGCGCGGCGCUCUUCUGCCGCGACGGCCGCCUCGCGGACCGCCUCAAAUUGGUCCUCGACCGCGCGCUGCACGAGCGCAAGGGCCGGCCGGGCGUCGACGGCAGGGCAGCAAAAGAGAGCGAAAUUCCCAACUUCAAAGGCUCCGAUCUCGGCCGUUUUCCACUCGUCGACGGUACCAUCGAGCGCGUCUACGCGCCCCUGCUCUGGCGCCACCUCGCCUGCCCGAACGCGACGGCCCGGAAGCGCGCGGUGACGAUCCUCGCGGCGGCCUUUCCGGUCGUCGCCGACACGGCCAAGGCGUCGAAGAAGGAGGCCGUGGGCCUGGCGCUGGAGGACCAGUUGGAGCGCCUCCGGUGCGCGUGCGUCGACGACGCGUCGCCGGACGUCCGCGCGGCCGCGUGCGCGGGCGCGGCGACGUGCGUGAGCCGCUACUGGGACGCGCUGCCCCGGGGCUCCGCCGGGCGCCUCGUCAAGGCGUUGGCGUCGACGUGCGCGCGCGACGCGGCGUCCGCGAAGGUCCGCGAGGCCGCGGUCAAGGGCCUCGCGGAGCUCGCGGAGUCGCCGGCGCUCUGCGGCGACGCGACGCGCGCGCACGCGGUCGGCGACGCGGCGCUCGCCGCCGCGCUCAAGGACGCGCUGCCGCGGUCGCUCCACGACACGGCGCCGCGGUGCCGCCUCGCGGCGGCCAAUUGCCUCGCGGCCUACGCAGCGAGCCGCGGCGUCGACGCCGCUUUGGCGUGCGUCAAGCCCAAGGACGCGCUCGCGCGCCUCGGCGCCGCCCGCGAGAACCCGAAGACGACGCUGGCCCUCGCCAAGGUCCUCGUCGACGCCUACUUCCCGCUCAAGCGGCACAAGGACGACGCCGAGGCCGCGCCCAAGCAGGUGAGCCGCGCCGUCGAGCUCGUGACGCGCGACGGCGCGGCCGCGGCCGCGCUCUACGGCCGCCUCGCCGACGUCGCGCCCGUCGGCGCCGUCGCCAAGUUGGUGGUCAUGCUCGUCGUCGGCGCGGCCGCGGCGGCGGAGGAGGACGACGGCGCCGCGCCGGCGUCCGCGAAGAAGCCGAAGAAGAAGUCGCGGAAGCGGCGCCAGGCCGACGAGGAGGACGAGGAGGACUCCGACGACGACGACGAGCCGCCGCCCGAGGAGCUCGCCGGCGGCGCCCUGGCCCGGGCCAUGGUCAGGGCCGCGGCGCUCGCCUACGGGUCGCUCGACCGGUCCGCGCUCGGCGCCGGCGACGACGGGAGCGAGCGCCUGGCGGCGUACCUCCGCGACGGCGUCGGCCCGGCGCUCCCGGGGCUCGCCGGCGUCGCCGACGCCGCGGACCUGCGCGCGCUCGCCGCGGCGGGCGCGGCCGUCGCCGGCGGCGACGAGCGCGAGAGGCGGCUCGCGCUGCGCGACGCGUUGGCGGCCGCGGCGGCCGACAGCGAGGACGCCGUGCUCGACGUCGCCGCGCGCGUCUGCGCCGCGGACGUCGACGGCGACGGCGUCGCCAAGUGCCUCGGCGAGCCGCUCUUCGCGCUCGGCGCCGCGCCGCCGGCGCCGGCGUCGCCGGCGGACGCGCCGGGCCCGCGGAAGCGCGGCCGGCCGCCGCCCGCGCCGAAGCCCGCGGGCCUGCCCGCGGCCGCGGCGCUCGCGGCCGUCGCGGAGAUCCUCGCCGGCGGCGACGCCGCGGCCCAGCGCUGCCGCGCGAAGCUCGUCGAGUCGGAGCGCGCGCUCGAUUCGCUCCACGCGGCCGUCAAGUACGCGCGCGCGGCCGCGCUCGCGGGAAACGCCGGCGCGACGCUCGACGCCGUCGCGCUCGUGGAGACCGAGGCGGCCCUGGCCGUGGCCAAGUUCGAGCGGGACCUCGACGGCGGCUUCACGGCGGCGGACGUCGACGAGCGGCUGGCGCGCGACUUCGGGGCUUUGCUGACCGGCGCGACGGCGCACGCCGAGGCCGCGCUCGCGGAGCCGCCGGCGCCGGCGUCGCCCUCGGGCCACGGCCUCUUCUCGCCGACGACGCGGCCCCGGGCCCGCGCGGGCACGCCCCAGUCGUCGUCCUCGUCGUCGUCCUCCUCCUCCUCGUCGCCGUCCGCCGCGUCGGCCGCGGUCCUCGGCGCGGCGCUCGCGGCCGCGGGCGACGUCCUCGCCGGCGCGGGGCCCGCGCUGACGCGCGUGCUCGCCGAGGCCGCCGAGGCCUGGCUCGCGCUCGCCGCGGCGGCCGUCGCGGCGCCGGCCCGGGCCGACGCGGCGCUCGCGCUCGCGCCGCCGCUCCUGCGCCUGGCCGCGCGGCUCCGCGGCGCCGGCGCGCUCGACGCGUCCCACGACGCGCCCCUGCUCCGCGUGCUCGGCGCCGCGCUCGCCGGCGACGACGCGGGCGCGGAAGCCGCGGCGCGGGCGACGCUCAAGGUCGCCCUGCGGGACACGGCGCGGCGGUCGACGCUCCUCGGGGCCCUCGCGGACGUCGCGCAGUGGACCGCCGUCGCCGACGCCGCGACGCCGCGGAAGGCGCGGCCCGCGGGCAGCGCCGGCGCGUCGGAGCUCCUCGCCGUCGUCGCCCUCGACGAGGGCGCGGCCCUCGAGGCCCUCGCCUGCGGCCUCGACGCGAGCCUCCUCCUCCCCCACGCGCCCCCCUCGCUCGCGGCGAAGAUCCGCGACGCCGCCGCGCCGCCGGCCGCGCCGCCGGCCGCGCCGGCCCUCUCCCAAGCCUACUGA